AUGACUGAGAAACCGGGCAAACCCGUCGUCCCACCAGCCAAUGGUGAAGCUGGCAAAGCGGAAGGCGGCGAAAAGGAGCAGAAGCAGAAGAAGCCGAGUGUGUGGAGCAAGUUGAAGACCAAGGUCGGCACGAAGAUCGGCCUUGUCGAGAGGACGACGCUUGAGCCGAAGUUUGUCGAGGAGCGGCUGAACGUUGAGCGCUACCGUGCCAGGGUCGACCGGCUGCUCGACGGGUUUGAGGCUGUCCUUCAGCCAGACCCGAAAGUGUUGGCCAUCCCGUCAAAUGGUGCACUUCCGGUGGCCGGUGAGCUGUCGUGGGAGCUGCUGGCCCGUGCGUCAGGUGCUCUCCACUGCUGUCUCACCAAUGACUACCAGCAAGGUAUGAUGUGGCUGGUCUUGCUCGCCAACAAACUAGCCUGUAUCGAACGCGAGGGACUGACGAGAAUGCGCGGCUCCAUUCGCCACGUCCGGCAGUUUGUGACGACGGACCACAAACGGAUGAAGGAGAUGGUGGAGAAGGUGGACGAGUGUCUGCACACGAUGGAUGCCACCAGGCACGAGAUCAAGGCGGCGAAGGCGCCCGAUGAGCUGGAGCGGGUUGGAAAGAUCUACGUGCGGUCGAUUCGCGAAUUCGACUCGACCUGCAAAGAGAUCAACGAGGUCAUCCAGACCCUCAACGAUACGCGAUACCGUCAUCAAAAGAACACGGUGGCGUUCUACGACAUGAUGGAGCAGUACCAUCGGCGUAUGGCGACGGCCAUCCACGACGCCCUCAAGGACGUCAACCCGGACGGCAUCCACAAAAAUGAGCCAAAGCCAAAGGAGCGCCCGACCGCGGCUCGCCAUUCGAUGAUGAACCGCGUGGCCGUGGCCGCCACGUCGACCGAGCAGCACACGAAGGAAAAGACGACCGAUGGAAAGACAGAGGGAAGGACCGAGGGCAAGACCGAUGCCAAGACUGAGACAAAGGCCGACGGAAAGACCACGACUGAAGGCAACAAAGAAGAUCACGAAGAGGAGAAGCCGGAG